AUGAACCAUCUCACGCGCCGGAAUUCGAACAGGUCCAUUGACCAAGAGGACAGAGGGUCUGGUCUGAGCCGAAGUGUCUCAGCCGAGCGACACCAGAAUGACGGAAAGCCGUCCUUGCUCCGCCGACUCAGCAGGUCUCUGAGCAGGACUCAGGAUGGUCCGACUCCGCAUGAAAAAGAUCAUUCUCCUCCGAGUCAUGUAGAGCAUCACAGUGGUGACAGCGUCCACCACGCAGGAGGAGUGGCCGAUAAAACGGUGCACCCAUCAGCUCAUGAGGUCAAGCCGGAUAUCAGUCGUUAUACCAUCAGCGCCCAUGCUUCGAGAUCGCACGCAUCUGCGUUUUCGGAGCCUAUAUCCCAUGAGCAAGUCUCCGCGACCACGGGGAGCACCACUGUGACCCCCGCAGCGCCGGCUGACACCAACACCACUACAUCUGCGGAGCAUCCAGCUCUAUCACCCACGACCUCCAAACAUCAAGUCCGGCAUGGCCUCACCAAAGCAGACAUCCAUCAUUUGUUCUCUGGUGCGCCGCAAUUUACGCUGGAAAAGGGUCGACGUGGUCGAUACUUCCCGCAAGCCUUUUUCCCCUGGGACAAUGAACUCGAGAUCUCCGAUCUUCAAGACCGCAGAUUUCUGCGUCAUGAGAGCUUUGCCCUGGCGACAUUGCACGCCCACCUCCCCAUCCCGGACGAGGUCAACUGGAGACCAGGCAUGGCACACCCUCUGAAGAAGGAAGGCUUCGACAUUGGGAAGCGUCCACUAUUCGAGCUGGGGAUUUUUGAGCGACCUAACAUGCUGAGUAUGGAGGGCCGGGAACCGGGGACGGUGGGAUUGAGGUACUUCCUCGAAUGUCCCGUCGCGGAUGGAGUCUCGGACGCGAAUGAAAGGGAACAUGGUAAAGACAUUGAGUUCGACCUCCCUCUGUCGAACAUGCCCGCCUUUGAAGCAUUCAAAUCGCUGGCCAUCAGUCGGGACAACGACGACAUGAGCGCCAAAGUGGGAAUGCAUGCACCAGAACAGGACCGCAUGAGGCUUAUCCGUGGAGGGCCUCAUGCCUGGAAGACGGUGGGCGUCAGGAACAUGAGCAUGAGGGAGCUGGCCGUGAGAUUGGAACAGAUCUGCUCCUGGCGAGACGAGAUUAUGGCUGCCGGUUGGAAAACCACGAUUCUGGACGUGAUGCGGGCGGAAGAGCUUCACAAUCAUCUUUUCAAUGAGGUGCUCUAUCCUCCACGCAAGAUAAAUCCCGACGCCAAGCACCAGAAAUCGGGCUUGAAGAUCCAGAUCGAGGCAUUGGUUAAAGUGCUCACCACCCCUGGUGCGUGGCUGGACUUGAGUGUGCCGGAGGCCAGACUGCGGUUCGGCAAGAUUCUACACAGCCGCACAACACGACAUGAUCAUACCACAGCGAGUCUGUCAGUCGACCCCGAACGAAAAUGGCUCCUGAUCCAACUCCUCCUUUCUGUCGAACUGGUCAUCCGCCUGGACGCGGCGUUGCGGCUGGGAAUUGCAAUGCAUUCGGACAACUUUGAGCUGAGCAGCGAUGAAAUCCACCAUUUCAACAAACUCCGCAACCUCAAGGUCGAUUGGGAUCUGGUGGCGGCGCGGAGAUUUCUGAUACUGUGCUAUGUCAGGAAGGUUGAAACGAGGGGCAUUUCGCCAUCGCCCGACCGAACAACUUCGUUGAGCAAAGUCAAGUCUCCUGAGCACCACCCGGGUAUAUUCGGCGGGCUUCGCCACGUCUUGAGUCUGGACGACGACAAAAGCGAACCGAUCCCCGAUGAUUGCGACCUGGUCGUCCUUCCACGUCAACCAAAGGUCAUGCUCGACGGGGUGGUUCGGUUUGCCCACAACAUCGGAUGGCCCCGAUGGGAGGAGAUGCAGAAACAACUGGAGCAAAAGCUGUGCCGAGCCGACCCCAAGGAGCGAGAGACGUUCCUGGUGGACAUGAUGAGCUGCACGGAAACCGCCGGCCAUCAUGCGGAAGCGUCCCAGCCCAGCAAGAUCACCAAAUCGUUGGAGAAGUUCUGCGUCAACCUCCAUUCUGCGACGGCGGAUUCCGUCGGAGGCUGGCUCUCACACAGCUGGCUCUCGGGCAUGAUUCUGCCGGGGACGUCGAUCUGCGACAUUUUGAUCGCGACGUUGCUGGAGAACGACACCGAUGCUUCGACGCUCCAACAGCUGGGGUCGAGAGGUCUCCCGCUGCGAUCGUCCGGCUUUAUUCUCGACGGCUCGUCCUGGUGGUCCAAGUCCAGUAUCGUCGGCCGGGUCAUGGCUCCCCUGCGCGGGUCCAAGGAGAGCAUGGGCUGGAUCUACCUCCCCAACUUCGUCCCCGUGGCCGAGGCGACCAACGAACCUGUGUCCAACCGCUGGAUCAAGAUCAACUCCUGGCCCGUGGUCACCACGCGUGACCGACCACGGAUUUUCGACGGGGACAAACUCUCCAAGGAAUCUUCCCCUCUGGGAGUCGGCAAGGGGAACAUCAUGGCCUCGGAGUUCACCAUGCUGACCGACCAGAUGCUCGACAGCCCCUCGGUGCCGGAGGUCAAAGUCGAAGCCAUCCGACUUCAUCUGUCCAGCACCAACGCCACGCAAUCAAGUCCCGACCAUCCAUUGGGAGCCUGGGCCCAGUUCGAACUGAGCAUCACCGACCCGCGAACCCCUGACCAGAACCCGGUAUCGAAACAAGUCCGCUACGGCCUGGAUCGUGACGUCUAUUUUGUUACAGCCUAUCCUUGCCGUCCGCCUCAUGGCCACGCGACAAUCAAAGCUACCGCCGAACACGAGCAUGAACACGGACACGACCAUGAGCAGCACCACCAUCUUCUCCAUCAUCAUUAUCACCAUCUGCAUCCACGACACAAACCGGCCGAACAUAUCCCCGCGCACCCACUGCACAAGACAUACAGCUACGUGACCAAGACUCUGAUGGACCUGAUCGACAACCCGCAAGUCGAGCCUCCCGCCACAGGGUCCGGCGGCCACGGUGAAGUCUGGAUCAUCGAUGCACGAGACCACCUCCCUCCGAGACCGCAAUCGCAAUCGCAUGAUCAGAUGCCAAAUCAAUCCGAUAUUACUACUGCCAGCCCGGACAGCCCGAGUCUGCUAGCCACUUCACCAUCCCCAUUGCUUUCGCCUUCAAUCUCCCACCAGACGUCGGACCUCUUUCCCGUCACGAGUGUGGGUAGUUCUGGAAGUGGACUGGCUUCUUCGACCCUACAACAUUCUCUCAGCGGCGGCAGUUACACCGGCGGUUACAGCUACAGUCACGGUCACGGUCACGGGCAUGGGCACGGCCACGGCCACGAAUCUUCCGCACAAUAUGAUCCAGACCCGCAGCUGUGGGAGAAAGACAUCCUCGUGCGCGCCUGGUGUGCUCAGAAGGGCCGCAACGCCAUCAUCGCCCGCGUCGGCCGCACUUGUCUCAGCUGUGCGAUUCGAGAGGCCAAAGCUUUGGAGAUUGGGAUUGUUGUCAGGAUUGGAGUGAAGGAAUGA